AUGCAAGCUUACUCAGAUCUAGCCUUCUAUCAGUAUCAACUUGGAGACCUAGCUUCAGCUGAAUCUUCUUGUAAUUCAGCUCUACAAUUACAAUUGAUAGCUAACUGUUUUGCGCCAGCAACAUAUUCAUUGUUGGGUUUGAUUGCUGCAGCACUUCAUAAAUACUGUGAAGCUCUGCACUUUCAUCAAGUAGCUGUUGACACAGUGAGAAGUCGGAGAUUAGAGGAAAAUGAGGCGGUUGCUGUGCUAUAUACCAAUUUAAGAAUGGCUUGGGCGGAUUUGUCUCUACCUAUACCAGCACUUUACUGGUGUGAGCAAAUAGCUCUAUCUUGUCAACUGAAGCUCCUACCACCAAAUCAUCCUGAUUUGUUAACAACUUAUACAAACAUCGCUGAAAUUUACAAUACUAUCGGUAAAUAUACUAAAGCCCGAACUUACUAUGAACGGUCACUCGACAUUCAAAAACAAAUUCUUCCAAACUCUCAUAAAGAUAUAGCUGGUACUCUUUUAGGUCUGUCUCUUGUAUGUGAAGAAACUGGUGAAUACAAAGACGCAUUGAAGUACAUACAAAAGGCACAAAGAGUAAUUCUUGAUUCUGAUUCCUAUGAUUAUAUAGAUCUUAUACCAAGUUAUUUGGGGAUGGCUUCCAUUUAUGAGCAUCUGAGCAAAGGUAAAAAGGCUUCGUUCUAUUAUAAAAAAGCUGUCCAAAACUUGUCAUUGAGGAAUCCCGAACAUCGAGAGCAGUUAGCUCCUACUUGGAAUAAUAUGGGUUUUCUUUAUUUAGAAAAUAGACGAUACAAGGCAGCUUUAAUCUAUCUUCUAAAAGCAUUAUCACUAGAAAAGAAAUUUCUUCCACUUAGAGUUCGUUUAGUGCUCACGAAAUUGAGCAAUAUUGGUAUAGUCUAUGAAAGAGUUGGCCUAUUGAACCCAGCAUAA